AUGCAUUUUGCUGAAGUGUUAAGAAGAUUCGAUGCUUAUCCAAAGACACUUGAAGAUUUUAGGGUUAAGACUUUUAGCGGUGCAAUAGUGACAAUAAUUAGUACCGUAAUAAUGGUAAUGUUAUUUAUUUCUGAAUUAAGAGAUUUUUUAACUCCAAGUUUAGAUGAAGAAUUAUUUGUUGACACUUCCAGAGGAUCUAAGUUAAAAAUAAAUUUAGAUAUUAUUAUACCAAGAAUUUCGUGUGAUUUAUUAUCAUUGGAUGCAAUGGACACAACAGGAGAGCAACAUUUGCAAAUAGAUCAUAAUAUUUAUAAAAGAAGAUUAAAUUUAGAGGGUGCUCCAAUUGAAGAUCCUAAAAAGACGGAUUUAAUGGAUACUAAAAUCGACCGUAAAUUAGAAAAUAAUACUGUGGAAACGACAACUGUACCGUCAUGUGGAUCGUGCUACGGUGCUGAAGAUGAAGCUCAAAAUAUAACGUGCUGUAAUACAUGUGCUGAUGUAAAACACGCAUACUUGAUCCGUCAAUGGGCAUUUCCAGACCCGUCGACGAUAGAGCAGUGUAAAAAUUCCGGGUCUCUGGAUAGUAUUAAAAACGCCUUUGAGGAAGGAUGUCAGAUCUAUGGAUCUAUGGAGGUCAAUCGAGUUGGUGGUAGCUUUCAUAUAUCACCGGGGAAUAGUUUUUCAAUAAAUCAUGUACAUGUUCAUGAUGUCCAACCAUAUGCUUCAAAUCAAUUUAAUUUAACUCAUAAAAUCCGUCAUUUGAGUUUUGGAGUCAACAUUCCCGGAAAAUCAAAUCCUAUUGACAAUACAACUGUGAUAGCUGACCAAGGAGCAAUGAUGUUCCAACACUACAUAAAAAUAGUCCCCACCACCUACUACCGGAGUGAUGGCGCCCAGUUACAAACAAACCAAUUUUCUGUCACUCGUCUCGCCCGAAAAAUUUCCGGAAUGAACGGAGAGUCGGGAAUGCCCGGUGUGUUCUUCAGCUACGAGCUCAGUCCACUGAUGGUGAAGUACACCGAGAAAACAAAGUCCUUCGGACACUUUGCGACAAACAUUUGCGCGAUAAUCGGCGGAGUCUUCACAGUCGCCGGGUUUGUAGACACUUUUCUCUACCACUCAGUGCGCGUGAUACAAAAGAAACAAGAACUAGGUAAAUUAGGAUAG